GUCGAGACCUAGACUUUCUUGUUGAGCUCUUGAAGCCCCAUUUGCCUCAGGCUGGAACGAUUCUCCAUCCGGGUGGCGGGAUGUCGCUACUUCCAGUUCGCCUUCAGCGCCAGGUGCCCGGGCUGCAAAUCCUGAGCCUCGACUCCAGCCCACUGCCCAGUUUUGACGGUUCCCGACAGAAGGCACAGUUGCGUGUGGAGCUUCACAGCAAUCACGAGGUGGCGAAUGUUGCCCGACUGGAUGCAGAAACGCCGCUUCUCCAGGACUGGAGGCCAUUUGAUGCAGUGGUGGAGAAAGGCUGUCUCGAUGCCCUCCUCUGCAAGAGCGAUGAGGAGGCUUUGCAAGUUGCACCACAGGAGGUCAUUGCUGGCGUUCUCUUGGCCUGCUGUAACACCUUCGAUGAAUCGCGGUCCUCGAUCUGCACUGGAGUGGCCGGGGUGGGCCAGCUGCGGCCGACUGACAUCGAAGAAACAACCCAGAAAGAGCCGGAUCUAAGGAUGUUUGGGAAAAUUGGGUGUAGCACCACGGCCAUCGGCAUGUCUUUUGUCGGCGAUAUGGCGCCUCCAGAUGACGGCGAGGCAGAGGAGGUGCACGAGGACUGGGAAGAAGUGCCAAUUUCCGGUGAGAUAUGGACGCAGCGCAUCGACACCAAGCCCUUGCCGUCCUACGCCUCCACGCGGCUGAAGGAGGACACUGCUUCUCAAAAGGCUCGAGCCGAUCGGCUUGGCCAGCUGCUGAGAGUGGCCUGCUCACGGACGCCAGGUGAGGCCGAAGAGCAGGAGCCGCAGGGCAAGGAGGAGCUGGACAGCCUUCUGUGUGGAGGUGGCCUCGGAAACACCUCAGUGCUACGCAGCGUGAUGCAGCGCCUGGGGUUGGACUGCCGCCGAGAACCUUCGGCGCGGUUCUUAAUGAAGCGGAGGUUCAAAGAGCUGAAGAUACGACGGGACGCUGCAUCACAACUCAUCGACGAGAUGGAGCGGGAGGUCUUGCUGCUCAGCAACGAGCUGACUCAGCAGGCCACAGAGCUGACCAAGCUCCACAAAGUCGACGACGAAGCCCAUCAGGGCGGCCACAACCUUCGGCACAUCGAGGGAGAGAAUUUCUGCUUCACGGACCUCCUGGCCUAUGGCAGCAGCCCUUGUGCGGCCACGAGGAGCCGCAUGAGCAGAUUGGAGGUUCCUGAGCCGCCGGAGUUGCGCUGCCAGCUGCGGAAGCAGCUCUCUGAGGCUGAGCAGGAGCUCAGCGAUCUGAGGACGGAGGUAUCUGCUCAGCGCCAGAUGGGAACCACGGCCUGGGAGAACGUGAAGCAAGUGCUCAUGGACACGCAGCCAGAGGCAAGCCUCCUGGAUGGGCGCCGGGCACUGCUGGCCUUUGCUAGGGGAAAAGCUCGUGGCACGUCGAUUGCAGAAAAGCUGCUCGAUUGGGACGUGCAGCGCAAGCUUCUUCAGGCAGCAGUUUUCGACUGGCGAGCGAAGGUACGGGCACGCCGACGUACCGAUCGCAUGCAGGUGUUCCUGCACUUCAAAAUGGAAGCGAACCUCGCUGAGGUCUGCUUCAACCUCUGGCGCCAAGUGGUUGACCGCCAAUGGUCUCGACUUGCAGAGAGGCGCAUGCUCAGGUCCGAAAAGAUCAUGGACGGGCUGUCAUCGCUGCCUUCGUCAAAGCUUCUCGGGAAUCUGCACGAAGGAGCGAACCACGAGCUGAUGAUGAGGUGGACCUUAUCGGAGUGGCCCGCCUUGAGCUUGCGGCUGCUACGAGAU